AUGGUCCUGGCUGCUGUGCUCUCUGUCCUGCCGUUGGAUUCUCUGAGGCAUGCUCAGGCAAGCUCCAAAGUUGCGACAUGGAUGCAUUGACCUAUGAUGAUGUGCAUGUGAACUUCACUCGAGAAGAGUGGGCUUUGCUGGAUCCUUCACAGAAGAGUCUCUACAAAGAUGUGAUGCUGGAGACCUACAGGAACCUCACUGCUAUAGGUUACAAUUGGGAAGACCAUACUAUUGAAGAACAUUGUCAAAGUUUCAGAAGACAUGGAAGACAUGAAAGAUGGCAUACUGGAGAGAAACCCUCUGAAAAUACUCAGUGUGGUAAAGCCUUUGUACAACAUAGUCAUCUCCAAAGACAUAAGAGCACACAUACUGGAGAGAAACUCUAUGAAUGUAAGCCACAUGAUAAAGCCUUUACAUACGAUCCUCAGCUUCAAAAUCUUGAAAGAAUUCAUACUGGAGAAAAACCCUACAAAUGUAAUCAAUGUGGUAAAGCCUUUGAACGUCAUUGUAAUCUUGGAAGGCAUAAAAUAAUACAUACUAGAAGA